AUGGCGCAGAUGGGAAAGAGCGAGCUAGCUUCAGCCAAAAAACCCAAGGGAGCUGCAGGAAAUACAGGUUUGGUUAGUGGCAAGGCUGGGGAGAGUGGAAAAGCAACUUCUGGUUUUGGAAUGAUGGAGUUUCACAAAGUGGCAUUUUGUGAUUUGCAGGCUCUUCACAUGGUUUUAGAUAGCCGGAUUAAUAAAGCUGGGAAGUUGCGAGGUGUGUAUAUGAAGACCAAGGAUGGUAAACUUAUUGAGAUUAAACCAUAUGUUCGUAUCCCAAGGAUGUUUAAGCUAUUCUUUGGUGUCAUGUUGCAGCUACUACAGAAACUGAGUAUAUCUGUCGUUGGUAAGCGUGAGAAACUUAUGCGUAUGAUCAAGAACCCUAUGACACAGUAUUUACCUGUUAACUCCCGGAAAGUAGGACUCUUGUACAGUUCAGAGAAACUAGUUAGCAUUCAAAAAUAUGUUGCUGCUGCUGAAAACAAUAUGGACCUUGUUUUUGUGUGGGAUAGAAGAACAAAUCUUGUUUACACAGAAAAGGAUAUUGAUGAAGUUCGGGCUGAAUGGGCGAAACAUGUUAUGAAGUUUGCACAAGUGUAG